UACACAUGUAACAUUUAAAAUAUUUUUUGACACGUACAUUUAAAAUAAACUUUACUUAAAAAACAACUUCAUGCCGUAACUGAAUUUGUGCUCAGGAUUUUAAGCGCCCCUACGUCACUGAUGGUAAGGUACGGUGCUCCAACAGUUAGCAACCCCCGUUCUCUAUUUGGAUGCCUGACUGGUGGUCCCAUUCACCCGAGACGGUCAAGGGCUCAAGGCUCCGUCUCCUCUUUGUCCCUCGUUGCCAUCGACGGCAUCCGCAUCGACACCGCGGCACAGAACGGUGGUGAGGACGCGACAGACUCCUAGUUGAAAAAACAAAACACAGCUGCGCUGACGCACCCGCUGUCUUCAUCUUCGCAUCGCGAUUCCCUACCACUGCCACUCUGCCAGUUCCCUUCCCCCGCACUUCCACAGGCUAGUCACCAUGACGACGGCCUGCACCACCGACAGCCCCGUUGCCGCUCCGGCGCCCCACGUCCUGGUCGUACCGUACCCGGCGCAGGGCCACACGAUUCCCAUCCUCGACCUCGCCGGCCUCCUCGCGGCCCGGGGCCUCCGCCUCACCGUCGUCGCCACGCCCGCCACCGCCCCGCUCCUGGGCCCCCUCCUCGCCGCGCACCCGGGCGUCGCCGUCCGCGCCCUCACUCUCCCGUUCCCCUCCCACCCGGCCUUCCCCGCCGGCGUCGAGAGCGCCAAGGGCUGCCCGCCCGCGCUCUUCGGCGCGCUCAUCGUCGCCUUCGCGGGGCUCCGAGCCCCGCUCGGCUCCUGGGUCCGCGCCCGCUCGGGCACCCCGGACCGCGUCGUCGCCAUACUCUCCGACUUCUUCUGCGGGUGGACGCAGCCGCUCGCCGCCGAGCUCGGCGUCCCGCGCAUCACGUUCUCGUCCUCCGCCGUGUACGCCACCGCCGUGCUUCACUCCCUGCUGCGCCGCCUGCCCACGCGCGAGGACGAGAGCGACGACGAGUGCCCGGUCGCCUUCCCGGAUCUCCCGGGCGCCCCGGCUUACCCGUGGCGGCAGCUCUCGGCGCUGUACAGGACGUACGAGGAAGGCGACGAGGUCGCCGAGGGGGUCAGGAGCAACUUCCUCUGGAACCUGGAUUCCUCAGCGUUCGUGUCGAACACGUUCCAGCAUCUGGAAGGGCGGUACCUGGAGGCGCCUCUCGCGGACCUGGGCUUCACGCGCGUGCGCGCGGUCGGCCCGCUGGCGCCGGAGGCCCACGACGCGGCGAGCAGCCGCGGCGGGGAGACGGCCCUGUCGGCGGCCCACCUCUGCACCUGGCUCGACAAGUUUGAGGACGGGUCCGUCGUGUACAUCAGCUUCGGGAGCAUGGCGGUGCUGCAGCCGGCGCACGCGGCGGCGCUGGCCGCCGCGCUGGAGCGGACGCGCGCGGCGUUCGUGUGGGCGGUCGGGACAGCGGCGACGCUCCCGGAGGGGUUCGAGGAGCGCCACCAUGCGGCGGCAGCGGGCGGCAGGGGCAUGGUGAUCCGCGGGUGGGCGCCGCAGGUGGCGGCGCUGCGGCACCGGGCCGUGGGGUGGUUCGUGACGCACUGCGGGUGGAACUCCGUGCUGGAGGCGGCGGCGGCCGGCGUGCGCAUCCUGGCGUGGCCGAUGGCGGCGGACCAGUUCGUGAACGCGCGCUUGCUCGUGGACGAGCUGCGGGCGGCGUUGCCGGUCUGCUGGGGUGGCCUUGACACUGCGCCUAGCGUGGACGAGCUGGUGCGCGUGCUCGAAUCGACUGUGGCCGGGAAGGGGAAGGAGUGGGGCGAUCUGACAGCGCGGGCGAAGGAGCUGGCAGAGGAAGCGGCGGCGGCUGUGCGGGAAGGCGGCAGCUCGUGGCGGGAGGUGGAGGAUCUGGCCCGGGAGCUUCGCGAGCUCGGUGAGGGACUCCAUACUCCAGUAGGUUAAAGCCGGCAAAGCCGCGUUGAACAUCGGUCAGACGGCGGCGGUGGGUUAAAAGCUUGGGACUUUGGCAAUAAACAGUGGAAAUGAUUUACACCGUAACACGGAUGCCAAGUUUUCGGUUUUAUUUGAACAUAUGCGUGAUUCAGGAGCAAAUUUCGUAAGCUCCAUUGCUACCUGUCGAAUUAACAAAAACUUUACCCAAAUCUCCACCUCUACCUUGGUCUUUGCAGUUUUCUAUUACUGUUUUUUUUAGCGGGGAGUUUUGUAUUACUGUGCCUUAUUAGAUUACUAGUAAAAUGCCCGUGCGCUGCUAUGGAAUAUAAAAAAUAGUCGAGCACUAUUUUGUA